GCCGGAAGAUGGUCAACGACCGGUGGAAGACCAUGGGCGGCGCUUCCCAACUUGAGGACCGGCCGCGCGACAAGCCGCAGCGGCCGAGCUGCAGCUACGUGCUGUGCACUGUGCUGCUGUCCCUGGCUGUGCUGCUGGCUGUGGCUGUCACCGGGGCCGUGCUCUUCCUGAACCACACCCACACACCAGGUACGGCGCCCCCACCUAUCGUCAGCACCGGCCCAGCAGGGGCCAACAGCGCCCUGGUCACUGUAGAGAGGGCCGACAGCUCGCGCCUCAGUAUCCUUAUCGACCCACGCUGCCCCGACCUUGCUGACAGCUUUGCCCGCCUGGAGGGCGCACAGGCCUCCGUGCUGCGGGCGCUGACCGAGCAUCAGGCCCAGCCGAGGCUGGCGGGCAACCCGGAGCAGGAGCUGCUGGACACGCUGGCUGACCAGUUGCCCCGGCUGUUGGCCCGGGCCUCGGAGCUGCAGGCAGAGUGCACAGGACUGCGCAAGGCGCACAGCGCGCUGGGCCAGGGACUUGGCGCCCUGCAGAGCGAGCAGCGCCAUCUCAUCCAGCUCCUCUCUGAGAGCCAAGGCCACAUGGCUCACCUGGUGAACUCUGUCAGUGACAUACUGGAUGCUCUGCAGAGGGACCGGGGUCUAGGCCGGCCCCGUGUCAAGGCCGACCUUCAGAGAGCGCCUUCCAGGGGAGCCCGACCCCGAGGCUGUGCCAAUGGCUCUCGGCCCCGGGACUGUCUGGACGUCCUUUUGAAUGGGCAGCAGGAUGAUGGCGUCUACUCGGUCUUCCCCACCCACUACCCUGCUGGCUUCCAGGUCUACUGCGACAUGCGCACCGAUGGCGGCGGCUGGACGGUGCCCUUGAGCAGUGAGCAACCUGUACCACUGUCCCUGUGUGUCACCCUGAAAACCACUCCCCUGAACACAAGCUAA